AUGGACCGCACUACCUGGCUCGAUGGCCUUCGCGGCAUCGCCGCGGCCAUCGUAGCCCUGGAUCACUACUUCAUGGGCGGCGUCUUGGACGUGGCCUUCCGGUCCUUCUGGGCUGAUCCCCCAGAGGACAACCGCCGAUUCAUCCAACUGCCUCCCAUCCGACUGCUUUUCGCCUCGCAUGCCAUGGUGCCUUUGUUCCUGGUGAUAUCGGGUUAUGCAAUCUCCAUAAACCUCCUCAGGGCUCGGAAUAACAGUAGUGUUUCUUCUGCUGCUGCUGCUGCUGCUGCUAGUUGUGAAGGCGACUUCGUCCGCCGUCUCUCAUCAGCAGCAACCCGCCGCAUCUUCCGCAUCUACCUCCCCGUGGUGGCUAUUGCCAGCAUCUCGCAGCUCCUCUACUUCUGCAAUCUCUACCGCUGGGAUUUCGGCGACGAGGUCGUCUGGGGCAGACGGCCCUGGACGGCUCCGUGGCUGCACGUCACCUUUUUAACGCGGUACAUCCUGGAUAUCAUGAACAUCAUCCAGUUUCACAAUAAUCCCGGCCUGAAUGGUCAGCUGUGGACGAUGCCGUUUGAGUUUCGCGGCUCGUGUAUCGUCUAUUUGACCAUAUUAGCGCUGGCCUUCUGGAGGCCGUCGUUCCGGCGCUGGGCGCUUGUAGGCAUGAUGGCGUAUUUCUUUCACUAUGGCCUGUGGGAUAUCUUUGCGUUUCUAGCAGGCUUGUAUCUUGCAGAGAUGAAGCUUGCAUCGGGUGAAACGCAGUCGGCAGAGUUGAAACUACUACCGGAUUACCGUCGAACCUGCUCCUCCUUGGCCGCAGCCUGGAAAACAAGGAUAAAGUCCUUCAACUUAGCCCGAAUCCGAACGGUAAUCUCCUUCGCAUUCGGCUUCCAUCUAAUCUGCCUCAGCGACGACGGCUAUCUCCCACCGGGCUACCAGUUCCUGGCUCGUUUCCAAUCCUCCCGGUGGGACGACGACUGGGCCGUUCUGAGCAAAUGCUGGAAAGCGGCUGGAGCAGUCCUCCUCGUCUACGCAAUCGACAAGUCGUCCUCGCUGCAGCGGGCCUUGAACGUCCGUGCCGUGCAGUAUCUGGGUCGGAUUUCCUUCUCGCUGUACCUGGUGCAUCAGUCUGUGUAUCAUCUUGCGAGGGACCCGGUAAGGGAUUUCAUCUGGUGGAUUCUUACGAGGAGCCCGUAUUCUAGCACCGAGGAGGCGAGUAGGACCGCUAUUGUCCCGUUUGGCCUUGCGUGGAUUGGGGGGUUUCUUGUUAUGGGGGCAGUGGUGGUUUACCUGGCGGAUUUGUAUACGAGGUAUGUGGAUGUGAGAUGUGUGGCGCUUGCGAGGAUGGUGGAGAGAUGGGUUACCGGUAGAUCUUGA